ACCCAAAACACCCAAAGUUCCCAAACUCCUUCCCCUCACAAACCCACUAACCCUUUUCACCCAAAAAAGUCAAAAGCCACAAAACACAACACAACCAAAAAAAAAAAACACACCAAAAACCAAAAACCCCAUUUUCUAAAAAUCGAAACUUUAUCAUCGUACCACAACCCUUUCACCUCAAUGAUUCACAAAACCAUGUCUUCUCCACUCUUCUUCCUCCUCUUCACAAUAUUCACUUUCUGGGUUUUCUUCACUUCAUCCCAAGCUGAAGAAGACGACGUAAGAUGUCUCCGAGGCAUCAAAGAAUCCCUAGGAAAUUCCGAAAGUGGUAUUUCAUCGUGGAGUUUCAACAACAACACCGUAGGUUUCAUCUGUGAUUUCGUUGGUGUCACUUGCUGGAACGUAAGAGAGAAUCGAGUUUUGGGUUUGGAGCUAAAGGGUAUGAAUCUUAAGGGUAAGAUCCCAGAAUCCUUGAAGUAUUGUGGACAAAACUUGCAAAGAUUGGAUCUUGGUUCAAAUUCAUUGAAUUCUGUGAUUCCAACACAGAUCUGUAGUUGGAUGCCGUUUUUGGUAACAAUGGAUUUGUCUAGUAAUGAUCUUUCAGGUUCAAUUCCGAAUACUCUUGUGAAUUGUUCAUAUUUGAAUGAGUUGAUGUUAUCUGAUAAUCAUCUUAGUGGUAGAAUACCUUAUGAAAUUGGUAGUUUAACUAGGCUUCAUAAGUUUUCUGUUGCUAAUAAUCAGCUUAGUGGGAGUAUUCCAUCGUUUUUCAAUGGUUUUGAUAAGGAUGGUUUUGAGGGGAAUAGUGGUUUGUGUGGUGGUCCACUUGGUUCAAAGUGUGGGAGUAUGAGUAAGAAGAAUCUUGCUAUUAUUAUUGCUGCUGGUGUUUUCGGUGCGGCGGCUUCGUUGUUGUUGGCUUUUGGGUUAUGGUGGUGGUAUCAUAUUAGGUUGAGGAGGGAGAGGAGUAAGGAAGGGUAUGUUGUUGGUGGUGUUGAUGAUUGGGCGUUGAGGUUGAGAGGUCAUAAGCUUGCUCAGGUUAAUCUUUUUCAGAAACCGAUUGUGAAGGUUAAGCUUGGUGAUUUGAUGGCUGCGACGAAUAAUUUUAGUUCGGAGAAUGUUUUGAUUACGACGAGGACGGGUGCGACGUAUAGGGCGGAUUUGCCGGAUGGUUCGACGCUUGCGGUGAAGAGGUUGAGUACUUGUAAGAUCGGUGAGAAGCAGUUUAAGAUUGAGAUGGAACGGUUGGGAAAGGUUAGGCAUCCGAAUUUGGCGCCUUUGUUAGGGUAUUGCGUUGUGGAAGAGGAGAAGCUUUUGGUUUACAAGCAUAUGUCGAACGGGACACUUUAUUCGUUGUUGCAUAAGAAUAGCGGUGCGUUGGAUUGGUUGAUGAGGUUUAGGAUAGGGUUGGGUGCGGCGAGGGGACUUGCGUGGUUGCAUCAUGGUUGUCAUCCUCCGUUUAUACAGCAGAAUAUUUGCUCUAAUGUGAUUCUUGUUGACGAAGAAUUCGACGCUCGGAUAAUGGACUUCGGACUCGCGAGGCUUAUGACAACUGACUCGAACGGUAGUUUUGUGAACGGCGAUUUGGGGGAGCUCGGUUAUAUCGCUCCUGAGUAUUCGAGUACGAUGGUUGCUUCGGUGAAAGGAGACGUGUAUGGAUUUGGAGUUUUGCUUUUAGAGUUGGUCACAGGGUGCAAACCUCUCGAGGUGAAGCGUGGCGAUGAAGAAUUUAAGGGUAAUCUGGUGGAUUGGGUGAAUGUGCAGUCUAGUUCAGGCAGACUCAAGGAUUGCAUCGACAAAGCGAUAUGUGGAAAAGGUAACGACGAGGAGAUUCUGGAGUUUCUGAAAAUCGCAUCCAAAUGUAUCGUUACUCGCCCGAAAAAUAGGUGUUCUAUGUAUGAAGUUUAUCAUUCAUUGAAAACCAUUUCCAAAGACAAUAGCUUCUCCGAACAAGACGAUGAAUUUCCAUUGAUCUUCGAUAAGCCAGAAAAUGAUCCGUCAAAGUUCGUGCACUAGCGCGUGGCAGCAGGAGAAGAAGACAUAAACCGAGGUUUUACCGAGUUCAUGGUUGACACUAAUCAGAGGUAUAAUUGUUCUUGUAUGAUAUAAGAAUGUCUGUGGUAUAGAUUAGGUUAUUGUGAUUUAUGAAAUCUAAUAUGUUUCAAUGUACGUUGUAUGAAAUGCAACCUUAAAUGUUGUCUAAGAUAUUUGGAGUAUGUUUAAGAUUCUCUGUAAAAAUGUGUUAUUAAGAUGGUUAAUCUUUUAUUAUGUUUUUGCAAAUA